AUUGUAGGUUAUCGAACAAAAAAGGUAUUGUUUAUUGGAGUUCGCAAUAAAUAUUGCAGUAUUUGUCAAAAAUCUUGUACUAAUAAUAAAGACGCACCUGAACAUUUGUGUUACAAAAAUUGGAAUGGUACUAGUACAGCCAUGGAAGCUGAUAUAAUAGUUGAGGGUUUUCGACAGAGUAUUCCAAUGCACAAUAUAAUUUACCACAAACUUAUUGGGGAUGGAGAUUCCAGUGUUUUGAAAAAAAUAAUGUUAGCCAAACCCUAUGGUAAUAACUUAGAUGUAAAAAAGAUUGAAUGUGCCAACCAUAUACUCCGAAAUUAUCUAAAUAGACUAGUGGAUAUAGCGACUAAACGUAAGAGCUCAAGCGGUAGUGUUGUACCAGGAUUACUAAGAACAAACUUAAAAGAUAAGCGAUUAAAACUGAGAUCUGCUGUAACAAACGCUAUUAAACAUCGUAUGCAAAUGGAUUGUCCUAUAAAUUAUAAAGUUGCACUUUUAAAAGAAGAUAUAGAUAAUGGACCAUAUCAUGUUUUUGGUUGUCAUGAUAAAUGCGCUAGUUAUUUUUGUUCUGGAGUCGUCAAACCAGGUGAAAUGAAUCUAAUUCCUGAAAUGGAACAAUGUGGUCUGUGGCAAGAUAUAAUUUCAGCAAAAAAUCUUGUUUCUCACCAUAGUGAAAGUUUAAUUUGUUUUGUAAACAAUAAUUGUGUAGAAAAUUACAAUAGUAUUGUAGCUAAGUAUACAGGUGGUAAACGAGUCAACUUUUCUUUAAGAGGUUCAUAUCAGACUCGCUGUGCUACUGCUGUAGCUGCAUAUAACUAUGGACCAAGUUAUAUUAGACACCUCCAUAAAAAAGCUACUAACUACAGCCCAGGAAUAUACACAAAAAAAUUUAUAAAAAGAAAUAUCGAGUCACGAAAUAAAUCUACUCAACGAAGAUCACUUUUUGGCCAGUCUGCAAGAAAUUCAACCAAAAGAAACACUUUACAAGAGCCAGAUGAAGACUAUGGAGCCGUUCACACUGAGAGUGAAAUAAUUGAUAUGCCAUAUAAUGAAUAUGAAACAAAAAAAGACGGUUUCUUAGAAAAGUUAAAACUCUCUUCUAAACAGUUACAACUUUUAGAACGAAAUACAGUGGACCAAUCAAAAAGCUAUGAAUGGCGACGAGAACGAAAAAUAAGACUCACGGCAUCUAAUUUUGGUAAAGUCGCAAAACUCAGAGACACAACUUCCCGUGCAAAUGCAGUAAAAUAUAUUCUCUAUGAGUUGUUUCGUGGAAAUUCAGCUACAAGGUAUGGCAUUCAAAAUGAACCGUUAGCCAAAGAAUCUUUGGAAAUAAAAUUAGGAGUAAACAUUCUAUCAUGUGGUCUGUUUGUUGAUAAAAAAUCAACAUUUUUAGCAGCUAGCCCGAACGGUUUGAUUGACAGUAAUUCUAUUGUAGAAAUUAAAUGUCCAGCGUCAAUAAAAGAUUUUACACCUCAAGAAGCUUUUGAAAAUAAAAAGUUAAGCUUUAUGAAUUUUAUUGAUGGCGAGUUAAAAUUAAAAACUUCUCAUGAUUAUUAUUAUCAAAUACAAGGGCAAUUACACAUAACCGAAAGAAAAUAUUGUUACUUUGUUGUAUGGACACCUAAAGGGAUGAUUGUUGAUAAAAUUACAAAAAAUGAUGAAUUUUGGAUGAAAAUCGAGCCUCGUUUAGUAAAAUUUUACAUGGAGUGCUUGCUACCUGAACUAAUUGAUUCACGGUUUGACAGAGGACUUCCUUUACGGACUGGUUUAUAAUAUUUUUUUUACUAAUGUUUAAUAUCAGUAUACAAAAUAAUAUUGAUGUAAAUGACUUAUACAUUUAUAUAAAUACUUUUUGAGUAAUAUGAACCAUAUUUUGUAAAAAAAAAAUUGAAGUUUUUG